AUGCCUCGCCCGGGCAGAAACACUUACAGUGAUCAGAAGCCGCCCUACUCCUACAUCUCGCUGACCGCCAUGGCGAUUCAGAGCUCCCCGGAGAAGAUGCUGCCCCUGAGCGAGAUCUACAAGUUCAUCAUGGACCGCUUCCCCUACUACCGGGAGAACACGCAGCGCUGGCAGAACUCCCUCCGCCACAACCUCUCCUUCAACGACUGCUUCAUCAAGAUCCCGCGCCGCCCCGACCAGCCGGGCAAGGGCAGCUUCUGGGCCCUGCACCCCAGCUGCGGGGACAUGUUCGAGAACGGCAGCUUCCUGCGCCGCCGCAAGCGCUUCAAGGUGGUCAAGUCGGACCACCUGGCCCCCAGCAAGCCGGCGGACGCUGCGCAGUACCUGCAGCAGCAGGCGAAGCUGCGGCUCAGCGCCCUGGCGGCCACCGGCACCCACCUGCCCCAGAUGUCUACCUACAACCUCGGCGUGUCCCAGCCCUCCAGCUUCAAGCACCCCUUCGCCAUCGAGAACAUCAUCGCCAGAGAGUACAAGAUGCCCGGCGGCCUCGCCUUUUCCACCAUGCAGCCCAUGCCGGCCGCCUACCCCCUCCCCAACCAGUUGACUACGGUGGGCAGCUCCAUUGGCACGGGCUGGCCCCACAUGUACAGCUCCGGCAUGAUCGACACCGCCACCCCUAUCUCCAUGGCCAGCAGCGAGUACGGCGCCUACGGCGUGCCCAUUAAGCCGCUCUGCCAUGGGGGGCAGACUUUGCCGGCCAUCCCCGUCCCCAUCAAGCCUACCCCCGCCGCCGUGCCGGCCCUGCCCGCCCUGCCCGCGCCCAUCCCCACCAUCCUCUCGAACUCGCCGCCCUCCCUCAGCCCCACGUCCUCGCAGACGGCCACCAGCCAAAGCAGCCCGGCCACCCCCAGCGAGACUCUCACCAGCCCGGCGCCCGCCCUGCACUCCGUGGCGGUGCACUGA